CUCAAAUCCAAUCCUAGCAAUAAUGAGGAAAAAGAAGCCCAGACUCAGCUGACAAAAUCUGAUGAGCUACAGCGCCUGCAUUCACAAGCAAUAUCUGCCUACCAGAAAGAGGAUUAUGAAGCCGCUAUUUCUCUUCUUGGUGACAUCUUGGCAGUUUGUGUUUGGGAUGCAGAGCUACGGGAACUUCGAGCUGAGUGUUAUAUAAAGGAAGGGGAACCAAGCAAAGCCAUUAGUGACUUGAAAGCUGCUGCCAAAUUAAAGAGUGAUAACACUGAAGCCUUCUAUAAAAUCAGCAGAAUAUAUUAUCAGCUGGGGGACCAUGAAUUAUCACUCAGUGAAGUCCGGGAGUGUCUGAAACUGGACCAAGACCAUAAGCAAUGUUUCUCUCUCUAUAAGCAAGUAAAGAAACUCAAUAAGCAGAUCGAGUCAGCAGAGGAAUUAAUUAGAGAAGGCAGGUAUGAAGAUGCUAUCAAUAAAUAUGAUUCUGUAAUGAAAACUGAGCCAGAUGUCCCAAUUUAUGCUACUCGUGCCAAAGAAAGGAUCUGCCACUGUUUAUCAAAGAAUCAGCAGGCUACAGAAGCCAUAAAAGUUUGUACAGAAGUUCUGCAACUGGAACCAGACAAUGUGAAUGCCCUGAAAGACAGAGCAGAAGCUUAUUUGCUGGAAGACCUGUAUGAAGAAGCUAUUAAAGACUAUGAGACUGCUCAGGCCAAUAGUGAAAAUGACCAGCAGAUUCGGGAGGGGCUGGAACGUGCCCAGAGGAUGCUGAAGCAAUCACAGAAGAGGGAUUACUAUAAAAUCUUGGGGGUAAAAAGAAAUGCUCGAAAGCAAGAAAUCAUAAAAGCUUACAGAAAGCUGGCAUCCCAAUGGCACCCUGAUAACUUCCAGACUGAGGAAGAAAAGAAGAAAGCAGAGAAAAAAUUCAUUGAUAUAGCAGCUGCUAAAGAAGUCCUCACUGACCCAGAAAUGAGGCGGAAGUUUGAUGCGGGAGAGGACCCACUGGAUGCGGAGAGUCAGCAGGGUGGGGGCAACCCUUUCCACAGGAACUGGAACACGUGGCAAGGAUUCAACCCCUUUGGUUCUGGAGGAGGACCGUUUACAUUCAAAUUUCACUUCAGUUAGAGCCAAGACUGUUUCUGGUGGCUGCUGCUUUUUUCUUUUUACUUAAUUUGUUGAAAAAUAAAAAGUCUGCCAAUUCAAGACCCAAAA